GCUAACUCAAACGUCACUGCUGGUUGCUGAGCAUCUCUCCUUUGAGCUGAGUGGGGUUCACCGGCUGUGAAGGUUGUAGGUGGCUAUACUUUGUGCAGGUGAGAGACUACUUCUCCUCCCAUUUACCUGUAGCACGAUCAUUCACCAUGCCCACCUUUGAUGAUGUUCUGGAAGAAGUGGGGGGUUUUGGACUGUAUCAGAAGUUCAUCUUUUUCCUUGUGUGCCUCACCUCGGCCAUGUUCUCCUACCUGUACGUUGGCUUUGUGUUCCUAGCUGUUACUCCUGACCACUGGUGUAGGAGCCCUGGGGUGGCAGAACUGAGGCAAAAAUGCAACUGGUCCCUGGACGAGGAGAAGAACUACACCCUCCCCGCAGGACGUCCCGGGAUCUCCUUGUACAGUCAGUGCGAGAGACUCGACCUGGAUUGGAAUUCCUCCUCGAUCAGCUGUGACAAUCCAUUUCCCUUGUCCCGGAAUCAUUCCCGAGAUCUCCCUGUUACAACAUGCCAGGAUGGGUGGGAGUUUGAGAAUGGCUCAAUCUCCAGCAUCGUGACUGAGUUUGAGCUGGUGUGUGCCGAUGCCUGGAAGCUCGACCUUUCUCAAGCUUGUCUCAACCUGGGCUUCAUGCUCGGAACAAUAGUCAUGGGCUACGCUGCAGACAUGUUUGGCAGAAAAUUCAGCUUCUUAUCUGCAACUUUUGUGACGUCGGUGGUGGGGCUUAUUGUUGUGUUCUUGCCAAACUACACCUGGUUUGUGAUCUUCCGAACGUUCCAGGGCGUGUUCAGUAAAGGAUGCUGGCUGUGUGCAUACGUCUUCAUUACAGAACUGGUGGGGCUGGAGUACCGGAGGACAGUGGGCAUUCUGUACCAAGUCUGCUACAGUAUGGGCAUGAUGAUACUCCCAGCCGUCGCUUACUUCAUCCCAGACUGGAGGAACCUGCAGCUGGCAACCACCAUUCCCAACUUCCUCUUCCUCACUUACUACUGGUUGAUCCCAGAGUCUCCCAGGUGGCUGCUCUCCCAGAACAAGAACUCCCAGGCCAUGACUGUCAUCCAUAAGAUGGCCAAGAUGAACGGGGGGAGCGUCUUGAAAAAAUAUGAGAACGUUGAAGAGACCAGCGAAGACUUGGGCCGCCCAUCAUUCGUAGACCUGGUACGAACUCCGCAGAUAAGGAAACACACCCUUAUCUUGAUGUACAAUUGGUUUGCCUGUGCCUUGGUGUACCAGGGGCUGGUCAUGCGUCUGGGAACUCUGGGUGGAAAUAUCUACCUUGACUUCUUCAUCUCUGGAGCUGUGGAGAUCCCAGCGGCAAUCCUCAUCCUUCUUGUCAUUGAGCGGAUUGGCCGGCGUCUUCCCUUUGCAACUGGCGGCCUGUUGUCGGGGGCUUCCUGUCUGAUAGCGGCCUUCAUCCCCGAGAGUGUCAGCUGGCUCGCAACAGCAAUCGCCUUUGUCGGUAAGCUGGGCAUCACCAUCAGCUUCGAAAUGGUGGUAUUUAUGAAUACAGAAUUAUAUCCAACCUUCAUAAGAAACCUCGGUGUCUCGGUGUGCUCUGCAUUGUGUGAUAUUGGAGGGAUCGUUGCUCCAUUCGUUGUCUACCGGCUGGCUGGUAUCUGGACUGGACUGCCUCUUGCUGUCUUUGGGGUAAUUGGUCUGAUUUCUGGAGGCCUGGUGCUUCUCCUACCUGAGACGAAGGGGCUGACUUUACCCGAUACCAUUGAGGAGAUUGAGAACAUCAGCCAGAGUAACAAAAAGGCUCCAGAGACAAGCUACCAGCAAGUAAUUUUGCACUUGGUCGAUGCCAAGGACCCAGCGUCAGUGAAGAUGGGUGUUGAAGUAUAAAUGUAAUUGGUCUGUAUACAGGUUUCCAUUUCACUGAAUGCCUUCACUUUCACCCGUCUGAAAUAGUCUUGAUAAUUUCAUCACUUGCUUGUGAUUGAUUAACAUCAGUAUUCAGGGCUUAAUAGCCUCAAAAUUAGAUCAGAAACCAGAUAAUAUGAAGCAUUUUUGAUGCCAUUUGCCAUGUUGAGUGUUUAAUGCAUCCUUGAACGCCACAUAGUAUGAGAAUGUCUCUGAGAAUUGAUCUGUAUUUUAAAUGAGGAAUUUGAGAUGUGUCAAUGUAUUGAGCUUAAGUUCAAGGAGUUGUAAAGGAUGAAGCUGCUGGUGUAGGGACUGAUGAACCCUUGUCCAGUUGUGUUUCUGCAGACCGCCAGAUCUCACUGGGGGUUUGAUCACAACCUUACCACAUUCACCAAAGGAGAAACUGAGCUGGGAUAUGUCUCUCCCUGGCAGAGUAAUUCAGCAGACCCAUGGGAAAUCCCAAUCACAUCUCACUUUGUAUUCUGACUUUCUUUUGUUCUACAUAAACUAUUCGCGAAAAUUUAAUGGACCCUUGGCCUUAUUAUUUGGAGAUAUAGAUUAAAAAAGUUGGCUGAAUGUUAAUGCGUUGGGAAUAAGCAGUCAAUGUUUUGGACCAAGAUCCUUCAUCAGGAGGGAAAGGAAGAGGGAAGAAGCUGGAAACUUCUGGCUUCUUCCCCCUUCCAUUCCAGUUCUAGUGAGGAGUCUUGGCCUUUCCUCUGCUAAUUCCCUUUCAUAGAUGCUGCCUGACCUGCUGAGUUCCUCCAGCAUUUUAAGGUUUACUCUGGAUUUCCAGCAUCUUCAGAAUCUCUUGUGUUAAUGCGUUGCUACUUGGGUUUCAGUUUGAGUUCACCACUACAUUACAGCAAAGGAGCUGAGUUACACACGGUGGUCACUUUAUACUGUAGUACCUAAUUACGUAACCACGGAGUGCAUAUUUAUGGUCUUCUGCUGCUGUAACCCAUCCCCUUCUCCUCUGACUUCUCUCAUUAACAAGGCGAUUUCGCCGACAGAACUGCUGCCCACUGGAUGUUUCUUGUUUCACGCACCAUUCUCUGUAAACUCUGGAAACUGUUGUACAUGAAAAUCCCAGAUCAGCAGUUUCUGAGAUACUCAAAUCACCUGUUUGCCAUCAACAAUCAUUCCAUGGUCAAAGACACUUGGAUCACAUUCCUUCUCCAUUUUGAUGUUUGGUCUGAACAACUGAACCUCAUGACCAUGCAUGCUUUUAUGCAAUGAGUUGUUGCCAUAUGACUGGCUGAUUAGACAUUUGCAUUAACGAGCAGGUGUACAGGUGUAGCUAAUAAAGUGACCACUGACUGUUGAUGAGGUCCCCUCAGAUCCAUGCAGGGAAUACGAGGGCUCAACUCCACAGAGAGCUCAGAGGACGUGGAAGUGUUCUUCUUGGAGUCGAGGCAAUUGAGGAGAGACUUGACUGAGGUCUCACUGGUUAAUAAAGAGGAACUAUUUCCUGCUUCUGCGACAGGGGUUGGUGUUCAGAGGACAGGGGUUAAGAGAAAAAUCACAAGAUAAACCACAGAUUCUGGAAAUCUAAAGUAAAAAAAAAAUUAGAAAAUGGUGGAAAUACUCAGCAGGUUAGAUAGAACCUGAGGGAAGAGAAACAGAGUUAAUGUUUCUGGUUGAAGAAUUAGCCAGAAAAAGCUGUUCACCUGAGGACUGGGAGAAAUUCAGAGUCCAGCAGAGGAGGACAAAGGGCUUAAUUAGGAAAGGGAAAAAAGAUUAUGAGAGAAAACGGGCAGGGAACAUAAAAACUGACUGUAAAAGCUUUUAUAGAUAUGUGAAAAGAAAAAGAUUGGUUAAGACAAAUGUAGGUCCCUUACAGACAGAAACAGGUGAAUUGAUUAUGGGGAACAAGGACAUGGCAGACCAAUUGAAUAACUACUUUGGUUCUGUCUUUACUAAGGAGGACAUAAAUAAUCUUUCAGAAAUAGUAGGGGACAGAGGGUCCAGUGAGAUGGAGGAACUGAGCGAAAUACAUGUUAUUAGGGAAGUGGUGUUA